GAAAAACAACUGAUGAAUAUAGAGCCAAUUCCUGCAGAAAUGUUGUUGGAAACCUACAAGAGAAAGAUUGCUGAUGAAGGAAGACUUUUCCUUGAUGAAUUUCAGAGCAUUCCCAGAGUUUUCUCUAAGUUUUCAAUAAAGGAAGCACGCAAAAACUACAACCAAAACAAAAACCGUUACAUUGAUAUUCUCCCUUAUGAUUAUAACCGAGUUGAACUCUCAGAGAUGAACGGAGACCCAGGAUCAGACUAUAUAAAUGCAAGCCAUAUUGAUGGUUUCAAAGAACCAAGGAAGUACAUUGCUGCACAAG